AAUUAGCCAAAACUGGUCACUAAUUAAGAAGAUGGUUAGAAUGAAAACCUGCAGCCACUGUGGCCCAACAGGACCAGCGUUUGACACCCCUGAGCCUUAAACCAUUGAUAAAGCUCUUGAGUGUUUACAGGAGCACAGUGGCCUCAAAAAUUUGUGAAAUUGAAGUCUGGAACCACCAGGACUCUUGGCUGUAUGGCCAAAUCGUGUAAAUGAGCAAGAGCUCAAUUGUCACACUAACAGAACUUCAAAGUCCACUCUUGAGAUAGGAGAGAACGUGUUGGAAUGAGGAAGCAUCUCCGCAUCAAUGGAGAGUUUAUGGUAAACUGGCUAGACGGAAGCACUCGGUUUAAAGGACUCUUGAGAGCGCGAGAGAAAAGACUCUGAUCUGACAGGACAAAAUAUGAACUCACUGGGCAGAGCUCUAAGCACUAUGUCUGCCAAAGGAUAGGCCCUAUUCAUCACCUGCCUAAUCCCAUCUCUGUGGUGAGGAGCUGCAGGAACAGACAGACUGGUCAGAACUGAGGGAAGGAUAAAUGCAGCCAAACACAGAGACGUCUUUGAAGAAAACCUGCUCCGGAGUACAUGCCAUCCAUCUUGGACUGUGUAUAAAAGUUCAAUGACCUAAAGGAUGCAGCAAAGACAACACUGAAAUGACUUCAGGACAAGUCUCGAGGGUGUCCUUGAGUUGCCCAGCCAGUGAUCAGACUUAAACCUCAUAGCACAUCUGUGGAGAGACAAUUCCCAUCCAAUCUAACGGAGCUUGACAGGAUCUGCCAGGAAUCUUGGGAUCAACUGCCCUAAUUCAGGUGUGCAAAGCUUGUAGAGACCAAGAAGACUUGAAGCUGAAGUUGCUGCCAAUUACUUAAUGAAGGGUCUGGAUACUUGCUGUCACUACUAUUACUUGUUUUUUGCCUCAAGUCUUUAUCCAAGGUGACUUAAGACAUUGAAGAUAUUUCUUUUGUUCUUCCAUUUGCAGCUCAGACAGGUGAAGCAACUUGCUCGUGGUCGUUGGGUGGCAGUAGCGAAAUCUGAACCCACAACCUCAGGGUUUGAGGUCCAAAGCCUUAAUCACUGUACUACACUGCCUGCCUAUGAAGGAUGAAAUUUCAUUUUUUUUUUUUUUUUGAAAUACAUUUGCAAAGUUUUCAGAAAAUAGGUUUUUACUUUGUCAUGCAUUAUUUGGGGGGUAUAUGUGUCUAUUUAAAAUGAAAUGUACAACAUAGUAAAGCGUCCAGAAAGUGAAGGGGAUGGUGUACUUUGUGAAGCCACUGGAUGUUAGACCAUAGAGGUACCUGGGGAUACCAUCACAGUUAUUUUACCAUUCCUUCCGCAAUAGUUCUUUGCAGUUCUGGCUCUAAAGCCCACAAAGACCCCUCUUCCCCUCUACGAUCUUCCUAAAGCCGAUGAGGCGCCGCUUGUCACACGUCAUCCAAGCCCAGUGCCUUUGCUUCCUCUUAGCGGUGAGCGGAGGGACUGACUGUCUGCUCAGCCACUGACUGGCACAGGCGACUGACUAAGGUACUCGCAUUCAGCUCUCCCCUCUAGCAAAAACAACUCCAAUCUUAACGCAAAAAGAUGAGACAAUUACAUUUGUCAGACCCACGGAGGUUUUCUUUUCCACUUGCCCCAUUUGUUUCAGAUAGUAUUGUUUUUAGGUGCGAUCGCAUAUAAUACUCGAAGCAACCUACUGCUCUAGCCAUGUCUGUCUGAAACAACUCGGCCACUCACAUAAUGGGACAUUUGGCACAUUUUUGGCUUAUGGAAAUUUGUUGAGACAGUUCAAUUAUCGCGUCGCACACAGUUAUUACAAUUUCAAAAUCUCAAAUUUAAAAGCAUUGGCGAAUCUGCGAGCCCGUGAUCAUCCAUCCAUCUGCAAACAGAGAAACUGCAAAUUCAGCUACGAAUUCAGUUUAAAUUUUACCCUGAGGGGGACCUACACCAACUUGUACGUUUUGUAAACUCUUUUUCACAUCAAAUAGCCGCCAGUGCCGGCGAACAGGUCUGCAAUGCUAGUUAUUGGAGCGCCGAAAGACUGCGCGCGCGGGAAAGAAGUCCAAGUCACUGCCUGGUGGCGCGCGCGGGAAAUAAAUCCAAGUCGCAGCCUGACCGAGUGCGCGCGGGACUGCAAACCUUCACCCGCAAGUCCCGCUCGACGCUCGCGGAUAGGAAGCUGCAGCCCCUGGCUGCUUGCGAGCGUGAGACUGUAACCUUGUGGCUGCGAAUCCAGCUCGAAAAACGCGUGGUAGGAAGUCGCUGACUGCAACCAUCCAUCGACACUCUCAGCUCGGCGUACGCGGAUAAAACACAGCGUCACCAGGUUGUUUCUGCUUUAUGAAGUCGGCCCGAAAACGAGAACGAAUGCACCGGCAUUUCCCUCCUCCCGAUGCUUUACGUCGGAUCAGUCAAGCUUGGAAUCAUGGGGGACGACAGGCCUUUUGUCUGCAGUGCACCCGGAUGCGGACAGCGGUUUACUAAUGAGGACCACUUGGCUGUCCAUAAGCACAAGCAUGAAAUGACCUUGAAGUUUGGACCCGCCAGGACAGAUUCGGUCAUCAUUGCAGAUCAGACACCAACUCCUACUCGGUUUCUGAAGAACUGUGAGGAAGUGGGGCUCUUCAAUGAGCUGGCCAGCUCCUUUGAGCCAGAUUUCCCACGAUCUAUUGAAGAUGAUGAUAAACGCUCCAAAGUCACGCCGGGUUCUCAGCCUGGAGUGCUGGACAUGUCUCUUUCAUCAACCCCAGAUGUGAAAGUGAAAGAAGAAGAGCAUCUGGAUGUGGAUUCCACCCCGCCGGACAGCCCGAUUUCAAGCUGCAGCAUUGGUGACAACGAGGAGACCAAGGUGGUCCCACUGGUCUAUCGGCAUAAGAACUCAGCUGGGCAUCCACAGCAUGAAAUUCCACCCAAACCUGUGGCCAACUCCGCCCCAACUCCUGCCAUAGUGCGCCCUGGCUCACUUCCCCUGCAUUUCAACUAUGAUCCUCUGCAGCCAACGCUGCCCUCGCCAACCUCCGUCAUCACGCAAGCACCGCCCUCCAACCGACAGCUGGGAUCACCUACCACCACUUGCUCUGUGCUGAUGCAGCUACCCAGUGGCCAGAGUGUGCCGUGCCUUCCUGGACCUCAUAUGCCAAUGACGUCUGUCAUAUCUCUGGCCCGCCCGCUCUCGAUGGUGCCCAACAUUCCUGGCAUCCCAGGGCCCCCCCUGAACAGCAGUAGCGGAUCCACCUCUCCCUCCAGCCUCCACACACAGUCUGAAGCAAAAAUGCGUCUGAAGGCUGCACUUUCUCACCAAGCCCCGGGCGGUCUCAACGGAGCCAUGAUGAUGGGAGCUGCUAGCAGUAUGGUGGCUUCACGCCAGGAACAAAGCCAGUUACUGGUGCAGCAGCCUGACGCACCCUCUCCAGCACAGCCACAGGUGUCUCCAGCCCAGCCAACAGGUGGACGGCGACGGCGAGCUGCAGAUGAUGACCCAGACGAGCGAAGGCAGCGUUUUCUUGAGCGCAAUCGGGCCGCUGCCUCUCGCUGUCGUCAGAAGCGUAAGCUGUGGGUGAAUUCCCUAGAGAAGAAGGCGGAGGAGCUGACAAGCAUGAAUGUGCAGCUCUCUAAUGAAGUUUCCUCUUUGAGGAACGAAGUGGCUCACUUAAAACAGCUGCUUCUAGCUCAUAAAGACUGCCCCGUCACUACACAGCAGAAGAAGACUGCCUACUUGGGAGAGGAAAGCCCAAAGGACAGCACAGAGCCGAUCGGAUCCCCAGCCGCUGUGAUUCAGCACAGUUCCCUGACUGUCGGCACCGCUGCACACAACGGGCUGAACACCCGCGCGGCCGCUGAGAUCAUGGCCACCUCGGUUUUGGCUGGCAUGGGCAGCCAGCGCACUGAACUUGGUGGCCCCAUUCCAGCUCACGUCAUCAUAGCCCCACAGUCGCAGUCUGCAGGCAGAUGAUGCUCUCACGACGUGACCUCCUGACAGAACCCCCGAAUGCCACCAAUGGCCAGAGACUGUGGCGUGGCAAUAGGGGUGGGACAGAUGGCCCGGAUGCGGGCAGAGCCCUGUGGCACACAGCUGAAAGUGGCCUGCUGUGGGGGUGGGGGUGGGGUCAGCUGGGCAGCCAUGGAGCUUCCUGUUACUAUUUUAGCGGAACACAUCGAGCCAUAAGACGAUGAUUUUCAUUACUUUUUGGUUAUCUCUCCUAAUCAUGAUGACUCUAAGACGAUCGUAUCGAUUUACUGUGGAUUUUUUUUUCUUUGCUUUAUGAAAUAUGUAUUUUGAUUUUAUUUUUUUUCCACAAUUGGCAGUUUGGGGGAAAUGUUAAAGCUCCUUUGCAGUUGAGCAUGUAACACUUCUAAUUGUGGCCUGUUGGAGGUGCCCUCUGUUCCUCUCUCUUUCACUUUACCGUAAUAUUAAGAAAACUUAAGGCACUUUUUCUUUUUUAAAAAACGUAUUUAUGGAGAUUUUUUUUAGCCAGGAGUUGGUCCUGAUAUUGAAAUUCCCGGCAUUGAUUCUUGGAGGACUGGGCACCACUGAGCUGGUCUCAAAAAGGCCUGCUUCCCCUCAGCCGUACUGAGUGGCGCUGCUGGACCAGGAUGCCAUGUUAGGUUUCUCACUCCAUUUGAUAUGCCUCUACGUGGGCUGGAGGCCACUUAACUGCUGCUGCUGUGCUCUCUUGCAUAGCACUAUAUGAGGUGGACACUGUCUUGAUGUCACAGUGUCAGUGCUUUUGGAGUGUGUGGCCCUGUAGCUCCCAGGAGCGGGUUGUCCGCUUUCUCGUUGGCUUUGUGAAUUGUAUUUAUGGUGGUGUGGGUUCAGUUGGCAGGGUUGAGUUAUGCUGGUGAUGGUGGUGAGUUUGGGGUCAGGCAGGCACUGGCAUAGCUUGGCUGCAGGCACCCGAGUUGGAUUGAGCAGCGUCAGCGACUCUUUGCUGUGUUUU